UGUCAAAACAUUCCAAUGGUGUGAGGUAAAAUCUGGUACAGAAGUUUCUAGCUGGCAAAGCACAAGACAACUAGCACAACUAUGGCUCCUCAACAUAUCUUGCUUCUGUUGGUUAUCCUGGUCAGCGCUGUCGAUGGGCAACAGCAGUUAAUGGAAUACAUGGAGAGAAGGCUGGCUGGUUUAGAGGAACGCAUUUCCCAGUGGCAUGAUCAGAGCAGCCGUUAUUCCACUGAACUGAGAGAUUUCAAGAAUAAGGUGGUGUCCAUGUUGGAGACAGUGGAAAAAGAUAAGGAAAUACUCCGUGCAGAGGUGGAAAAUACUGCAAUACGGGUGGACCGACUGGAGAGAGAGGUGGACUAUCUUGAGACCCAAAAUCCUGCUCCACCCUGUGUGGAAAUAGAUGAUAAGCUAAUGGAGAAUCAGGCUUCUCCUGGCAAGAAGCGCAAGAAUGAGAAAUAUGACAAACUGACAGAUUGCAGUGACACCAUAUCCCAAGUCAAAGCCAUGAAGAUAUUAAAGAGGUUUGGCAGCACUGCUGGACUCUGGACCAAAGACCCCCUCAGUAAUUCAGAGAAGAUCUAUGUGUUUGAUGGCACCAGCAAUGACACUGUCUAUGUUUUUCCAAGGAUGAGAGAAUUCACCCUCUUUUCUGCUACCCGAAAGGCUGCACGCAUCAAGUUGCCCUACCCAUGGGUUGGCACAGGACAUUUGGUAUAUGGAGGAUAUCUUUAUUAUAUUCGGCGGCAUGGCACAUUUCAGGUCAUCAAGUUUAGCUUGACCAACAAAACGAUUGUUGAUAGUUCUGUCUUCCCAGCUGAGGAACAGAUCCCCGUCUUUGGUCUCACAUCCUACAACUACAUUGAUUUGGGGGCCGAUGAGGAAGGCAUCUGGGCUAUUUAUGCCACACAAGAAAAUGAAAGAAAUAUAGCAUUGGCCAAACUAGAUCCUACAUCUCUAGACAUUGAGCAAAUGUGGGACACACCAUGUCCGCGGGAGAAUGCAGAGAGCGCUUUUGUUAUCUGUGGAGCUCUCUAUGUAGUAUACAAUACUCGGUUGCCCAGCAGAUCCCGUAUUCAAUGCACCUUUGAUGUCAGUGGCUCAAUGACGUCUGAAGAUGCUGCCCAACUCUAUUUCCCAAAGCGAUAUGGUUCUCAUUCCAGUAUGAAGUACAACCCCAAAGAGAGGCAGAUCUAUGCUUGGGAUGAUGGCUAUCAGAUCAUUUACCGUAUGGAGAUGAAGAAGAAGAGUGAAGUCUGAAAAAGGCCUUUGUCUCUGGCAAAAGAGAAUCUGAAACAUAUCUCAGUGCCACAGGUUAUGACUCAGAUACCAUACAUGUCAAGUGGUGCAUAGUGUAGGAAGGCAGCAGCCACAACGAAGACUGAUUAGACUGACCUUUUAAAGGGAAAUACCUUUCUGAUAUAUUAAAUGCUUUUAAACAGA